GUGUUGAUCUCCAAAUAAAUCUUCAAAUCAUCCGAUGAAAUAUCUAAAACAGAAUCGGAUGAUUGUGUCCCUUUAGCUAAUCUUUCCACCGGAAAGCAUCGUGCCCGUGUUUGUUUUUACGGCACAUUUAGGACGCGUCUCUUUCAAAACCAUUUCAACAAGGAAGUGAUCAGAAUAGAAACCAUCCCGUUCGGCUUCACGCAUUUUUUCGGAAACUCCCGUGUGUCACAUUCUUCAAAUAGAACUGCAACGUGUCAGCAUGUGUAAUAAUAGGGGGCUCGGUUCAGUCGGACAUUUAAGAACGCAUUUCUGAGAUGGAUACGGCUGAUCUUGUGAUGAGGUGGCUGUUUUUCCUCAAUUUCUUAUCGUAACCUUUGUUGCAUGCCUUCAUUACAGGAAGUCCGUUUCCUCUGACCUUUCGAGGCUGCAGUUCUGUUUCUGAAAAGGUUUUCUACAUCGUUUGCUCACAGAAGCAAGGCAGGAGCUUCUGACUUGUUAAUACAGCGAUCGUGUUGGAAAAAGAACCUUUUUCACAAGAUCUAAAGGAGCGAAUAAGAAAUAAGCGCAUUUAGGGCAGGUGUUCCUCUCAUCGGUGGGAAAGAUGAUGGCCAGUACAGCAAACUACCUGUGGUCCAUGGAGGACGUUCUGGGACAGGGGGCCACAGCCAGUGUCUUUAAGGCUCGAAACAAGAAAACGGGGGAGCUGGUGGCAGUGAAGGUGUUCAACAUCACCAGCUACGCCCGGCCCUACGAGGUUCAGAUCCGCGAGUUUGAGAUGCUGCGGAAACUCAACCACGUCAACAUCGUCAAGCUCUUCGCCGUGGAGGAGAUGCACUUGAACACCAAGCAGAAGGUUCUGGUGAUGGAGUUCUGUUCUGGUGGGAGUCUCCUCAACGUCCUGGAGGAACCAGAGAACGCCUUCGGCCUGGCAGAGUCCGAGUUCCUAGUGGUGCUGCAGUGUGUGGUGAACGGGAUGAACCACCUGCGUGAGAACGCCGUGGUGCACCGCGACAUCAAGCCCGGGAACAUCAUGCGCGUGGUGGGGGAGGACGGCCGCUCCGUGUACAAGCUCACCGACUUCGGCGCGGCCAGGGAGCUGGAGGACGACGAGAAGUUUGUGUCCAUCUACGGCACAGAGGAGUACCUGCACCCGGACAUGUACGAGCGGGCAGUGCUGAGGAAGCCGCAGCAGAAGGCCUUCGGCGUGACAGUGGACCUGUGGAGCAUCGGGGUCACCUUCUACCACGCGGCCGCGGGGUCCCUGCCCUUCAUCCCCUACGGGGGCCCCCGCAAGAACAAGCAGAUGAUGUACAGGAUCACCACGGAGAAGCCAGUAGGUGCCAUGGCGGGCGUGCAGAAGCUGGAGGACGGCGCCAUCGAGUGGAGCUACCAGCUCCCCCACUCCUGCCAGCUGUCCGAGGGGCUGAAGACCCAGCUGGUCCCGGUUCUGUCCAACAUCCUGGAGGCGGACCAGGAGAAGUGCUGGGGCUUCGACCAGUUCUUCGCAGAGACCACGGGCAUCCUGCACCGCGUGACCGUGCACGUGUACUCCCUGCAGCAGGCCACGGCACACCACAUCUACAUACACUGCUACAACACGGCCUCCAUCUUCUUUAACGAGGUGCAGAAGCAGACGGGCGUGGUCCCUGAGCUGCAUCAGUUCAUGUUCCAGGGGCACGAGCUGGUCCUCAAGCCCUCCAUGAAGGUGCUGAGCUUCCCCCCCACCACGGCCGACCGGCCCAUCUUCCUCAUCAGCCGGCAGCCUGAGAAGACCGUGGGGCUGCUCCGCCGAGAGCUGGCUGAGAUCCCGCCCACUCCCGCCAAGUUUGAUGUGGUGGCAGACGUGGCGUUCUCCAAGAACGUGGUUGGGGUGAUCCACCAGUACCUGAGGAUAGCGCGCUCUCUGCAGAAACACCAGGUCCUCGUUCUGCAGGGAUAUUACAGCUACUUUGAGAAUAUCCGGGCAGAGUGUGUGGAGGCCGAACACAAGAUCAGCCUGGUCAGCGUCAAGCUCAUCGCCUGUCUGAAGAACGAGGAGAAACUACACAGGAUCAGUCAGGCCUCUGAUGAGCUCCUUGACCUCACUGAAGACGGGAGGAAGCUCAGACUGGUGCAGGAGAACCUGCCCGUCUAUGCCAACAGAAUCCAGGAGUUUAAGAACAAGCUGGAUCACCAGCAUUCCGAGCUGUUCCGGCGCUCCGAGGUGCUGGCAGAGGACAAGAGUGCUCAGAAGAUGGCGUUCCUCCUGGAGAAGAUCACCGAGGUGCACCAGCAGUACAAGAAGGACCGAUCGGCCGGGAAGCUGAACUACAACGACGAACAGAUUCACAAGUUUGAAAAGAUUAACCUCUCUGCCCACAUUAAGAAGGUGAAAUCUCUCCUGAGAGAGGACUGUUCACAGAAAUACCAUGAUGUUCUGGCGUUAGUGGGCAACUGGACUAGUGUUCUGCACGAGAUCCAGGGCCAGUUGAAGGAGUUCGGGAACUUCUUCCUGCAGCUGAUCGGAGACCUGCAGAUGUGUGAUGAGAGGCAGAACAAGAACCUGGACGCGGUUCUGCUGCAGCUGCAGCAGGGCAUGGGGAGGCUGCAGAUCACCGACGGACUGAAGGACAAGGAUCACAUGAUCCUCAGGAUGAACCGGCUGAAGGAGGAGAUGGAAUCUGUUGCCCGGGAACUGCAGUGCAAUAACAGCAUCAUCGAGAGCCUUGGGUCAAUGAACACUGGUCCUGGCAUCUGAAUGGCCGAAUGGAGUGGAGGCUGAAGAAAGUCUUUCAGUGUCUGAAUAGGAGCACUUUGUAGGGUUUGGGCAGAAAUCUCAGGGGUUCAGAGGUCAUGUGAUACGCUUGUUUCUUUGUUUACCCAGCAGGCCGUGUGUGUGCCCGCCCAGCCCCUUCACAUUAGGAGCCCAGUCUUACUGCCACUGCAUUUUAAACACUUUUUAAGGUCUUUAGAGCCCACUGGCCUCCUCAUCCUGCUGUACAGUUGCCCAGGGUCGACUGCAGAACUGGGAUCAUCAACUCACGGUCCUCCAGGGCCAAGAACUGCUGGUUUUCCACGCUCCCUUUACCUGGGAGUCAGGUGUGUUCACCCUCCCUUUACCUGGGAGUCAAGUGUGAAGACAGUCUGGCCUCUCAAUAACACUUACUGUAUUGUUAAGUUAGUUUAGUGGGAGAAAAGAAAACCAGGGAUGGAUUUGGAUUUGAGGGCCAGGUUUGAUGAUCCCUAGAACAUCACACACCACUGCGUAUAAAGAACAUUUUUCUGCCCAAAAUGGCCGACUAACUGCUCCGUCACAUACGUCCUGCAGUGUUCCCACUGAAUGGAAGUCUUAAAGCUCACACUCGGAAAACGGAUUUAUUUUACACUGCUCUGCCCGUGAAAGAGCUGCGUUGAUUGGCUGAGGAGUCUGUUCAACACAGGUGUUCUGGCUGCCAUGGUGAACAGAACCGGCAGAGUUGCUCACCAUCCACACCAUCCCUGAUCCGGUUCUGUUCUGUUCCCUUCCACUCCCGACGUUCCUGUUCUGAAGCCUCCCCUUACUGGACCGGACCGGACCAGACUGGACUGGACUUGAGGGCUGUUUUCCAGAAAAAACCUUUGACUUUACUUUAACCAUUUAAACAUCUCCUGGGGUUGAAAUUAAUUUGUGUUCUUUUAUAUGUCUUCAAUAUGUGAUUAUUUGUGAAUGCCGCAGCGUGCAUGUGGUUAGACUUAUGAAGCCACACCCCACCACAGCCCUUUCGAGAGAGAUUGUAAAGAAUCGUUGAAGUCGACUGGCUAUUGAGAUAUUUUCUGUUAUUCAUGGAUAAAAUGUAUACUGCAUUGUAAUAAAUACGUACAAUGAAA